AUCAUAUAAAAUAUUAGUAUUUUAUCAUUAUUUUAUAAGAUAUUAAUAACAUUUUAUAUUUUACUUAAUUUUAAAAAAAUUAAUUUUGUUUUUUUCUAUUAAUAAAAAUAAAGAUUGAUUAGAUUCAACAAAAAUUUAAAGAAGCUCUAAGAGAAAAUAAAUAAUUGCUAUCUGGAUUAAACAAUAAUGCUUUAGGUGGAAAUAAUUUAUUGCAAUAACCUUAAAUAAAUUUACAGACCUAAUAAAUUUCAGUAUAGCUACCAGAAGAAGAGAUUGCUCUUUGUUAAAAGGUAUUAUUCAAAGUUGCUUAGUUAACAAAGAGACAAUAAAAAAAGCUUAAUUAAAAAUAAAACAAAGAUAUUUUAUUUAAGCAAAAUUGAGUAUUAAUGUAAAAAUGAGUGA